AUUUGCAGCUAACUUCAUUUGCAAUGACGUUACAGUUUUGAAAGAUGGCGACCGUAAAGUUUGCAGUCAUUGAUGUAAACGAUUUUUUAUCCAAAAAGCAGGCAGCCGAGCCUGCUUUGGCAGCGGAUUGGGCUAAUUUGGAAGAACUAUACAAUAAAAAAUUAUGGCACCAACUCACGUUAAAAUUGCAAGAUUUCGUGAACCACCCGGCGCUACAGACCGGCGACUGCCUUAUCCAACUGUACAACAACUUUUUAACGACCUUUGAGAACAAAAUAAACCCCCUCUCACUGGUCGAGAUCACAUCGCACAUUGUCAAGCAGUUUGACAACAAGAAAGAUGGCAUCGCCUUCCUGGAGAAGGUGGAGAAUAAGGUGAAGAUGAAUGACGAGGCACUGGCACUCUGCAAGGUGCUUCAAGGUGAAAUCUACCUAGAACAGCUGAACGACCUGGAUGCCACAGAGAAGAUUAUUGAGGAACUCGAAGGCUCAUUGGAGGAUGCCGACGGAGUCACUCCGGUGCAUGGCCGGUUUUACAAACUGGCUUCGGAGUACUACAGGGUGCGCGGGCCCAUGGCGCGCUACUACCGCGCGGCGCUGCGCUACGUGGGCUGCGCGGAGGGCGGCGCGCUGCUGCCGCCGCACGAGCGCCGCGCGCUGGCGCGCUCGCUGGCCGUCGCCGCCGUCGUGGCGCCCAACGUGUACGACCUGGGCGAGCUGCUGGCCCACCCCAUCCUGGAGUCCCUGGAGAACACGCCGGACGCGUGGGCCAAGGAGCUGGUCCGCGCCGUGUCCCGCGGCGACGUGGCCGCCUUCGAGGCGCUGCGCGGCGCCGCGCCCGCGCCGGAGCUGCGCCGCGCCGACCACGGCGUGCGGCAGAAGGUCGCCAUCACCUGCCUCAUGGAGAUGGCAUUCAACCGCACUUCGGCGACCCGCAAGCUGACGUUUGCCGAGAUCGCUCAGGAGGCUCGGGUGCCGCUGAACGAAGUGGAACUGCUCGUCAUGAAGGCUCUGGCGGAGAAACUCAUCCGGGGACACAUUGAUCAAGUGAGCUCCACGGUGUCGGUGACGUGGGUCCGGCCGCGCGCCCUGCCGCGCGCCGCCGCCGCCGCGCUGGCCGCCCGCCUCGACACGUGGCGCGCCGCCGCCCGCGCCGCCGCCGACCUGCUGGGCGCGCAGCCCGACCUGCUCACUCUCUAG